AUGUACAUUGUUACGCUCUACUCUGCAUCAGUAAUUUUCUGUCUGUUUCCUUUGAAGCCACUAAUCCUUGAUAUCGUCUGUCCUCUCAACGAUUCAAGACCAAAAACGUUUGCGUUGCAGACCGAUUACUCUAUCUACGGCAUCAAUGCAAAUGACAAUCAUUUUAUGAUCACAAUGCAUGGGUUGUUUACUGUGACGAUUCUGAUACAUUUUAUAGUAACAAUUGAUACUUUCAUGUUAAUCAUAGUCCUACAUUGUUGUGGACUAUUUGAAUCUAUCCGGGCAGAUUUUUUUCCAGAACGGCAGUAUAAAAUUGUAUGUGACGGCAUAAUAAUACAUCAUCGAGCCAUAACAUUGGCUGAAUCCAUUGAAACAUCGUUUACAAUAAUGUAUGGGUUCCUAGUUUUAAUCACCAUGAUACUAAUCAGUGUUGUAGGACUCCAAACAAUCAUGAAUUUUAAUGAUCCAACCGAAGUGAUUAGAUGCGCUGCAUUUGGGGCCACCCUGAGUCUCCACUUGUUUUUCAUAAGUAUGCCGGGUCAAGAAUUAUAUGAUCAUAGUAAUCGAGCUUCGGAAAUAAUUUACAGUUGCAAUUGGUCCGGUAUGUCUCUCAAGGCGAAAAGACUGAUAUCCAUCAUGUUGAUGCGUAGUAUGAAACCAAUGCGAAUGACUGCUGCGAAAUUUUACCCUCAAAAUAUGGAGAGUUUUGGGAAAGUGUUGAAAACUUCAUUUUCGUUCUUCACAGUGAUGUUGUCAAGUCAAUGAUUCUUACCUAGAAUUCACGUCCAAAACCGAAGUGUAUUUUUUAA